AUGCCAGCUAAUGGUGGACGUCUCAGCGCAGUCGCAAGGCAGCGGCUCGUGCGGGAGGUGCAGUCUACGGCGUCGACUUCGAGUCCUACGACUGUACUGCCAGUCCCAGAAGCCAAUCUGAGCGAAACUACAUCUACAUCCAAAGACCAAGUUGUAGAGAGUGACGGCUCGUCUGAAGAUGAGGGACUGCAAACUCCCAACCAGUUUGCAACACUAGUCGAAGCUUCUGCCGUCCAUUUUAGCUCGAGUAGAGAAAUCGAGCAACUGACUGACAGGUCAGUCAAGAUCAAACUGUCUCGAGGCCAGAAAUGUGUUGUGUUGGGAACAUACACCCUAUGGGUCAAACAAGGAUCCAUCUCCGUCUACGGCGCGAUUCUCCACGCCACGACGGCUGUUUAUCGUGUCUACGCUCCCGCUACACAUGCACUUCCCUCGAUUGAAGCGAUGAGCUCCAGCGCCGAACUUCAGCUUGACUCUCUUAAUGACGGGAUUAGAGAACUGCCGUACGUCGGACUUAGAGGAAUGUGGGUUCCAUUUGGUGUCAAGCCUUCCACGUCGUCUUUCUAUGUCCUGGGCCAUUCGUUCGACCAGAACCCAAAAGCCCCUAGACAGCUGAGGGAAUUGGACAUCACCUGCUGGAAAUCCCUGCUGAUAGAAUUCUCCCGCGCUGACAUAAGUAAGCCACGAAGAAUUCUCAUAUGCGGCAGACGUUCAUCAGGACUUUCGACUUUGGUUCGGUGUAUCUUCAAUCGAUUUCUUGCCAGACAGUUCGCUGGGCCAGAUUCUGCUCGCCAAAGGGGGGUCAUACUGUUGGAUCUAGACACCAACAUGCCAGAAUUUGCUCCUCCGGGGAUGAUCAGCCUGGUGCAUAUAAUAACCCCCGUUUUUGGACCACCGUUUGCCAACAGUCUACCACCCUACCGAGGAAGAUCCAGCCGGAUAUUGGCAAAACAUUUUCUUGGUGACUUAGAAACAAGAGAUUUGGUCAAUUGGCACAUUGAUCGAAUCUCUGGAUUACUGGACCUUGAGAAGAAUUUUCGUGUCGAAUUCGAGGGCGCACCAGUCCUUGUUACAUGUCCAAAGUGGCUGAAUGGCAUCGAUAAUACCACGGCUAGCAAGCUCUGGAUGAAGAUGUCUCCAUCAGAUAUUGUUUGUCUCGACUCUGGCCCAAUGUCAACGCAUCUAGGGCCCUGGAAAUCAUUAGCAGAGAGGGGAAACUGUCGCAUACACCAGAUCCCAGCUCUGGUGUUUGAUAAGAUAUCUCCAGUACGAGAGCAUGACCUCCAAAUGCAAUCAUACUUCCACCUGAGACCUACACCUAUCAACCACCCAUUCUGGAACGACACUCCUGUCUUAGCGACAACACAUGAAUCUGUGGCACUGACAUACGGUGAUGAUGGGGCACAGAUAUCGGUGAUCGUUCUGCUAGGUGGCCAUGUUGCGCCCGAGGAUACCUACGAUGCGCUAGAGGGAAACAUUGUUGCCGUGGUGGCUCUGAAUGCGCAGUCAGCCACAGAUGCGGCAUGUGAUCUCAGUGCGAUCGGUGCCAACAGCCACGACGGCGAUCGAAGCGGGAUAUAUCGAACGGAGGAAGAUCUGCCACGUUGGCAAGGGCAAGGCGAACUCGAAAGAUCCUUUCCGUUUCCGGCAGAGCAUUCCUGUUGCUUGGGACUCGCCAUCGUGCAGAAGAUCGACAUUCCCAACAGGAAGAUCACUCUUAGCAAUGCAGCCGACUUGCAGGUGCAUGGGAUCCAGGAACAAGACUCUCCUGUGGCGCUUGUGGUGCCAAAAGCAACGACAGAUGGGCGAUUUAGAACAGCCUGGGCGCAAAAGGAAAUGCACAUCAAGAAGAGCGACAGCCAAACAAAAUAA